AGCAUCCUCAUGAGAGGAUAAUUGUAAUACGUAUUUGUUAAAAAAUGAUUUAUCUGUAGUAAUUAAGUAAACAUGAAGAAAGCUGUAGUGAGUUUAACUAAAUCAGUGAUUUUCUUCGAUCGUCCUCCAUUGAGAUGCAUCAUUUGCAUGAAAAUGAUCUUAGGCGGAAAGAUGGCUUUCUUCCAAGAAUGGGAGUAGUGGGAAAAUUACCCCUUCAUGGCUUUGCGUUCGACGCAUGCGUAAGUCUCUAAGGGUUGAUUUACAUUGUCGGUCCGCUCCCAAACAUUUAAACUGUUUGUAUUUAUAUUGUAUGUAUGCAUAUCAUACCCAUGUUUGGUUUGAUAUUCCCAGUCGUGUCGAUACGUGAAAGAAACGAAGAAAGGAACUUGAGUCUGCAUUAAUACUAAGACCUCUACGGUACACCACGCCACGGUCUGUCGCGACGCUGAACGGUACUAUGUACUAAGUACUCCCCCACUUUCACUCCUAAUUGGAGGAGGAAUUCCGAGAAGGAUUUUUUGCCUUACAUGACUAUUUGCAACCGUUACUUACCGUUGAGCAAGGUGUUCUUGCAAUUUAUCGGUAUUGAAAGUCCCGUCUUUUUUAUAGAAAUAUUUUUGCACCGAUAUAGUCAGUAAUUUGUACAUUCACAAUGUUCCGAGUGUUAACGUCUUUGCAUCCUCAGGUUUGCAAAGCGGCCUUUACAGCAACAUCAUCUUUGAUGAAAGCUAAGAAUCCAGCAUUGAUAGAGAAUGCACGUAACAUUUGCAUUAGUUCUAAACUUCUCUGCUGUCGACCCACAAUUCAAAAACCUGCCCCUGAUUUUUCCGGGACCGCUGUGGUUCACUUAGACUUCAAAGAAAUAAAAUUAAGCGACUACAAAGGAAAAUAUGUUGUUCUUUUCUUUUAUCCCUUAGACUUCACAUUUGUAUGCCCCACCGAGUUGAUAGCAUUCAAUGAAAGAAUCUCAGAGUUCAACUCUCUGAAUACACAAGUGAUUGGAGUUUCUACAGAUUCCCAAUACAGCCACUUGGCAUGGAUCAAGCUGCCAAAAAAGGAGGGUGGACUGGGUGGUAGUUUGAAUUAUCCUCUCCUUAGCGAUUUUAAUAAAGAAAUAUCAAAGAAAUACGAGGUUCUCGUCGAGGACGCCGGAGUUGCAUUACGCGGACUUUUUAUCAUAGACAAAGAUGGAAUACUUAGACAAUUUAGCAUAAACGAUUUACCAGUGGGUAGAAGCGUGGAUGAAACCUUAAGGCUUCUCAAGGCUUUCCUGUUUGUCGAAAAACACGGGGAAGUAUGUCCUGCUAAUUGGCAGCCCGAAUCCAAGACCAUCAAACCAACUCCAAAGGAUAGCAAAGAAUACUUUGAAUCAGUGAAUUAAGCAUUAAACGUAACAUUUUAUACAAAGGCAGAUGUAUUGUAUCAUAAGUAAAAUAUUAAUAUGAAUCUCUUCAA